CGUCUAAAUAAGCUCCUGUCGGUAAAUAACGGCCACAUGAACCAAAUCAAAAGCCGGAGAAUGAAAAAUGGCGGCUGUGGUGGCUUCUCUUAGUCUUUGCUACUCUGCUCGGCCAAAGCUUCAUCUUCGCAGCUUCUCUCGACCCAAAUUUUUUGCUAUGGCUGCAAUGAGUGAGGAUCCAAUUCGUGAAUGGAUUCUAACAGAAGGAAAAGCGAGUCAGAUCACGAAGAUUACUUCUGUUGGUGGUGGAUGCAUCAAUCUUGCUACCCAUUAUCAUACUGAUUCUGCUUCUUUCUUUGUUAAAACAAACAGGAGUAUUGGACCUGAGAUGUUUGAAGGAGAGGCUCUUGGUCUUGAAGCUAUGUAUGAAACAAGGUCCAUCCGUGUCCCCAAGCCACACAAAGUUGGGGCAUUGCCAACCGGUGGAUCUUAUAUCAUCAUGGAGUUUAUAGAGUUUGGAUCAAGAGGCAGCCAGGCUGAGCUAGGAAGGAAACUAGCUGAGAUGCAUAAGGCAGGACUUUCCUCAAAAGGCUUUGGUUUUGAGGUUGACAACACUAUUGGAAGUACCCCACAGAUAAAUACUUGGUCAUCAGAUUGGAUUGAGUUCUACGGCGAGAAGAGAUUAGGUUACCAGCUAAAGUUACUUAGGGAUCAAUACGGUGACUCUGCAAUUUACCAGAAAGGUUAUACACUGAUACAGAACAUGGCAUCUCUCUUUGAGAAUGUUGUCAUAGAACCUUGCUUGUUACAUGGAGAUCUCUGGAGCGGGAACAUAGCAUACGACAAGAACAGCGAACCUGUCAUUCUUGAUCCUGCCUGUUACUAUGGGCAUAACGAGGCGGAGUUUGGGAUGUCUUGGUGCGCAGGGUUUGGAGAAUCUUUCUACGAUGCCUAUUUCAAGGUGAUGCCAAAAGAAGAAGGAUUUGAGAAGAGGAGGGAUCUGUAUUUGCUCUAUCACUACUUGAACCAUUACAACCUCUUUGGAUCAGGCUAUCGUUCCUCUGCAAUGUCGAUCAUUGAUGGUUAUCUAAGGAUGCUCAAAGUUUAAAAUGUAUAAGGCUGGUGAGAGAAAAUAUCAUCAUAAUGUACUCUUCUUCAUUAAAAGCAUUAUUUGAAAAAGGCCUAGCAUUUUGAUGAA